AUGUCAACCCCCACAGACACCGCGCGUGAGAGCGCCUCACCAGAUCGGAGCUAUGUCAACGAGAAAGGACAAGAACAGCUCCCUCGCACGGAUCGCCGUGCGUUGCAAGUUCUUGGCGCAAAGAGCACUGGAGUAGCAAGAGUCGACGCUAUGGCGAGCGUCCUCACCACUAAGGAUCGCAUUCUCCUUUUUCUCGGCGUGUUCUUGAUAUCAUACGCUUAUGGUCUGGACGGCACUCUCCGGUACACAUAUCAGCCAUAUGCUACCGCGAGCUACAGCCAGCAUUCGCUUUUGGCCACAGUCAACGUCCUGCGUGCUGUCAUUGCUGCUGCUGCCCAACCAACAGCCGCCAAGAUUGCCGAUGUCUUCGGCCGUGCUGAGUUGAUCAUGGUUUCCGUGUUCUUCUAUGUCAUCGGUACCAUUGUCGAGGCAGUUGCAAAUAAUGUGGAGACAUUCUCAGCAGGCGCCGUUAUCUACCAAAUCGGCUACACCAUGAUUUUGGUAUUGGUGGAGGUCAUAAUUGCCGACUUGACUAGCACACGGUCCAGGUUAUUCUUCAGCUACAUCCCAGCAACACCUUUCAUCAUCAACACGUGGGCGAGCGGUGAUAUCGCGCAGUCCGUCCUGGCAGCGACCACCUGGAAGUGGGGCGUGGGUAUGUGGUGCAUCAUCUAUCCAGUGUGCGCACUGCCCUUGAUCGUCCAAUUACUUAUCGUGGGCCGCCGAGCUCGCAAACAAGGCGCGCUGGACAAGUACACCUCCGCCUUUCAGUCUGCAGGAGGUGCUUCUAAGCUCAGCCUCGCGCUGUUCUGGCAACUCGAUGUCAUCGGCGUCAUUCUCUUAAUCGCGGUCCUGGCUCUCAUCCUGACACCAUUGACCAUUGCGGGUGGCUUCAGUAACAAGUGGGCACAGGCACAUGUCAUUGCACCUCUCGUUGUCGGUAUCCUCUGCAUACCCGCUCUUAUCGUCUACGAGCUGAAGUAUGCGGUACACCCACUUCUUCCUGUUCGCCGCAUGAAGGACCGUGGCAUCUGGGGACCUAUGGGAAUUGCAUUGUUCCUCAACUUUGCAUGGGGAAUGCAGGCCGACUACCUGUACACCGUCCUCAUCGUCGCUUUUGACUUCUCCAUUGCGGGUGCAACUCGAGUCACACAGCUCUACAGCUUCACAUCUGUCAUUUGGGGCACCGUUCUCGGCCUGAUCGUCUACCGCGUCCGUCGCCUCAAGCCCUUCAUCGUCGCUGGUGUAUGCAUCUACAUGGUUGCAUUCGGCCUCAUGAUCCACUACCGCGGCGGCAGUGGCUCCAAAUCAGGCGUCAUCGGCGCCCAAGUCCUCCUCGGCUUUGCCGGUGGCAUGUUCCCUUAUCCGGCUCAAGCAUCCCUGCAAGUCCAAGUCACGCACGAGUACCUCGCCGUGAUGACCGGAUUGUAUCUUGCAACCUACAACGUCGGCUCCGCUUUUGGCUACACCGUGUCCGGCGCAAUGUGGACGCAAGUCCUGCCUGCGGAGUUGGAGCGGAGGCUGCUGUUCCAGGAUAACACCACGUUGGCGGCGACCGCGUACGGAAAUCCGUUUGUGGUUGCGCUGGAGUAUCCUAUGGGUACUGAGGUCAGGGAUGCGUUGGUCGACGGUUAUCAGCAUGUGCAGAGGUUGUUGUGUAUUACCGGGCUGUGUCUGUGUGUGCCAUUGUUGGUGUUUGCGUUUUGUAUCAGGAACCCGAGGUUGGAUGAGAGGCAGACGUUGGCAAAGGAGGAGGCUGGCAGUGAUGGGGACUAUGACGUGGCUCCACAGGGACAGCGGCCGCACGUGGAGGGUGAGAAGGGUAAGUGGUGGCAGCGGGUCAUGUCUUAG